GACAGAGAAGGGACAGCAGGCUCAGUGAAAACACUGACAUCACAGUCAAAACUGAAGUCAGCAGACCGGGGUUUCCAUACAUUUCUGCAAGACACAGAGUGAUGGAGAUUAUCUUUUACUUCCGCUGGUGUUGGGAGUGUCCCUAUAACCCCGCCUUCCAGUUGUGCAGCGCAUGAGCAUUGGUCUCUGUUGUUGUUGUGAGUCUCCGGUUGUGGCACCAGCCGUCCUCCUGUAAUUACAGAGCUGCUCUGUCGCUCGUAUGCAGCAGAAUGGCUCCAGCGGCUCUAACGGUCAUGAAGGCUGCAGCAGAAGCGGCAGCAGGGAGCGACAGUCUCCGUCACUCAGCCCGCUGCUGCCCUCCGCCACUACACGGGUGAGGCGCUUCAUUCAGGAGAGACGAACGCUGCCUCUACCCAGAGUGAUGGUGGUAUUCUCCGGCACCGGGAACAGCGAGAAACCGAGCGAUGCCAUGUCCAGCUCGGACUCUGCGGAGGACGACUUUCGGAAGCCGCCCGCUCCCUCGCCGAACCUGAGCCUCAGCAAGCCGCUGCGCCCAGCACCGAGCCCACAGGAGGAGCAGGAGUUUCCUGAGGUCAUCUCUCUGAACGUUGGCGGCAUGUACUUCACCACACGUCUGUCCACGCUGCGGCGAUACGAGGACACCAUGUUGGCCGCCAUGUUCAGCGGGCGACACUACAUCCCCCGUGAUCCGGAGGGACGCUACUUCAUUGAUCGGGAUGGAAAGUAUUUUGGGGACAUCCUGAACUUCCUCAGAGAGGGCGAACUUCCCCACAGGAACCGGGUGAGAGCGGUGCACAGGGAAGCUCAGUACUACUCCAUCGGCCCCCUGCUGGACAGCCUGGAGGACAUUCAACCGCUGACAGGAGAGAAAGUACGACAGGCCUUCCUGGAUCUGCUGCCCUAUUACAAAGACAAUCUGGAGCGCAUCGUAGAAAUUGCCAAACUGAGAGCCAUGCAGAAAAAGGCACGCUUCGCCAAACUUAAGAUCUGCGUUUACAAGGAAGAGAUGCCGAUCACACCAUACGAGCGUCCUCUCUUUAACUCUUUGAGAUUCGAACGCUCAGACAGCGAGGCCAAACUCUUUGAGCAUCACUGCGAGGUAGACGUUUCCUUCGGACCCUGGGAGGCAGUGGCCGAUGUGUACGACCUCCUGCACUGCAUCGUCAGUGACCUGGCCGAGCGUGGCAUCGCCGCCGAGCAGCAGUGCAUCGGUGUCUGUGACAAGCACCUUAUCAAUCAUUACUACUGCAAGAGGCCUAUCUAUGAGUUUAAGAUCACGUGGUGGUGAAGCUGCAGGCAGAAAUACAGGCGUCUCCCUUUUCUGUCCCUAACUCUGGUUUUUAUAUAAAAGUUGCCACUAUUUUUUACUAAUGACCCUAAAUUCUGACCCUUUAAAUCAUGAGCCGCUAUAUAUUCUCUUGGCCUAAAAUUUAAUUUAUUACAAAAGAAAAAAAUAGUUUUAUUAAGACCACCUAAAUGCAACCGAUAUGCUUUAUUACAAUUUUUCUUUUCCUGAUGAAGGACACAUCGAGACUGCGUUUCUGUAUUUUUAUUUAUUUGUUUAACAUACAUCCUAACUUUUUUUUAGGUGCACCAAAAUUCAGGCUCAUAACCGACACGUCAAACAUUUUAUUUGUUUGCAUUUUAAAGCGUUAAUCUGAAUUUCAACUAACAAAAUGAUCGACUUCCUGCUCACAUUUUUGUUUUCCUUCCGUCAGAACCUGGUUGGUCUCUGAUCGAACCACACGUGCAGAACGAAGGCACGUCUUCUGCUUUCAAUGUUUCUUUUUGAAUUAUGUUAGUGUGUGAAUGAGAUAAAUAUAUUAUUUCUUUCUAUAGGAGGAAAAUGCUCUCAGACUAUUUUCCCUCCUUCAUGUUGUGACUGUGCAGUAAUUCUCCAUUCACAUAUGCAUCACAGAUGAUUUUCUGACGACAAGAGCAGGGAUUUUAAGCCUGCUCUUCGAGUCUCAUUAGGCCCGUAAUAAGGGCUGGAUGACGUGUUCUGGUUCUGUAGACUACAGUGUGAAUAUGUGUGUCUAACACAGUGACCACUGGGUGUCGUUAUACAUUUUAGUGCAGUACCUAUGAAAAAAGCAACCGUACAAAGACUAAGAUAAUGCUGCUCAUUAAAAACGCACUUUGCUUGAAAGGGGACCAGUUCAUGUUGCAUUACACUUACAACAAUAUUUUGAGCGUGUUAAAAAAGCAAACAUGCCUUUAUGGUCUUACCACAUACUGUAGGUUGACUGAGCUCCAUUUGGAAGAAUGUCACAUACUUUGGACCUUGUUUUGUUUAGUUUUCCGUUUCUUUCCUUUUUGCAAUUAUCACAAAUGCCAACAGUGUAGUUGAUGCUGCAAAUGAUGACUUUGCCUGUGUCUCCUGACCGAUGUAGGAGGAGUUAAAACAGAAUAGCUCAACUCAGCCACGAUGCAGAGAAAGAAAAGUCUUUUUUGUGUAACAUCCAGUCACACAGUGGAGCUUUUUUCUCUCUCCUAGGUUUAUUCCUCACAUAUGCUUGUACUGAGUGAAUGUGUUUUUCGACUCUACCAUCUGUCGAGACAUCGAACAGCACUGUGGCUGUGACUGUGAGUGCAGUUCAGUUUAGACACUUGGUAAACAGCCAUUUAAAUUCAGAUCCUAAUGUUAAAAAUGUGUUUAGUUUGUGCAGGGCAUCUGAUAAAUAUGACAUCUUACCUUCAGUGAAAGUGAUUUUCUUUUCAGGUUUAAUUUUUAUCAGUCAUACUGUAGCGAUGCCCUUGACUGCAUUCAUCUGUGAACAAUAUUUUGGCUUUCAAACUACACGUUCGGAAUUGAGACUUUUGUGAGUUUUGUAGUAAAUGUUGGAAAAGUUGUUGUUAGAAAUUGACGUGCAGACAAAGCACUUUGUGAAGAUAGAGCUGGAUUGUGAGAUGUUUUUGUUUGAACAAUCAGAAUAUAUAUUUUAAACAUACAGCCCCGAGUGGAUUGGGCUGGAUUUAGAAAAGACAUAAGUUGAGUGUUGUGCUUUUGUUGCACUGUCUCCAGCUUCCCGCAGUGACUCAGCUGUGAAGGGUUGAAGGCUGCAGGAUAAUGAAUUUGUUCCACACUGAUGUCGAUGUGCAGGUGUUGUUGUGUCAGGGGAACUGAGAGGAUCUCUUAUCUAACAGCUUGUAUGUCUUAAGUAACUUCGCCAUUCACACUGAGUGAAAUAGAUGUUCCGUAUUAUUCUUAAUGAAACCCGAGCACCUUGUGUUUGUCAUUGUUUUGUAUUUACCUCAGUCAGCUUUACUCAUCACUCAAAAAAAAAACACUUUUGGGGCACUUUUGUAUUAUUAUUUUUCUCCUUUGUUAGCUUCUAGGAAGCUAUUGAGCUACAGUCGUCUAAAGGUUUGGUUUGUUUGUAGCAAUGAGGCAAAUUGUGAUUUGUAUAAUUUAUGUUUAAAUUAAAAAUCACUCUAAAACA